CACUCAACCCGCAGUUCAGCCCAGUAAUCAGCUGUCAACUAACCAAUAUUUAUUUUCAUUGUGGCAAUUUUCGUGAUACAUUUUCUUGAAAUUUAUCUGAUUCCUAGGUAAUUUCACAGUGAAAUGACAAGCCAGUCCACAGGGAUUCAGCAGCUUCUCUCUGCUGAGAAAAAGGCAGCAGAAAAGGUUUCGGAAGCUAGGAAACGUAAAGCAAAGCGUUUGAAGCAAGCUAAAGACGAGGCAGUAGAGGAGAUCGAGAAAUACCGCGCCGAACGUGAACGUUUACUGAAGGAAUAUGAAGCUAAGUACAUGGGAUCAAGAGAGGGAGUUGCUUUGAAAAUUGAUGCUGAUACGCGGGAUAAAAUGGAAGAAAUAAAAACUGCAGUAGAAACUCGUAAAGAUUUAUUGAUUAACGAUCUUUUAGAUCUAGUCUACAACAUAAAAUCUGAUGUGCACAGAAACUUUUCCAAGAAGUAAAUAGUUGGAAAGCAGUAGCAUGGAAGAAGCCAAAACACUGUUAUCACACCCAAAGAUUUAUUUUUCAAUUGAUAUUCAAAUCGGAAUACUCAAAUUUUUGUAGUAAACGAAUUUAGUACUUGUUUUAGUCGAAUUAUAUUGAUUGUAUCUGCAGACUAAGGGCCGGUUGUUCAAUGUCUGAUUAGCACAAAUCGGAGGUAGAAGCUCCGGUUAAGCACAACUACUGCUUUAUCGAUCACAUGUUACAUGCAUGAUGUCGAAAUCGUCGUUAGUGUAGUGGUAGUGAUACCCAGACAUUGAACAACCGGGCCUAAAAUAUUUUAUCCAGUCUAAAGAUACUCUUAGCUUGAACCUACAUACAUUAUGUGAACAUUUAACGUUAAAACUAAUUAUUCUUUAGAAAACUGGAGAAGUAACUAGUCAGUAUGCACAAUUAUAACGAGUGUUUUAAUAAAAGACCUAUUUUAUGCAAACUUUUUUUU